AUGGAUGUGAUUGAGGAACACACGUGUAUCGAUGUCAAUGCCAUCCUUAAGCAGUUUCAUGAUUGGACGGUACUUCUCGAAGUUCGGCUCGCUUACUCUUCUCUAUACACCUUCAUCUUUGUUACCGGAGUAAUUGGAAAUGGUCUUCUGAUAUCAUCGAUUCUGCUCAGAAAAAAGUUAUCAGUUGCCAACAUAUUUCUUAUCAAUUUGGCAGUAUCUGAUUUGCUCCUAUGCAUCACCGCCGUACCGAUCACUCCAGUGUUGGCGUUUAUGAAACGAUGGAUGUUCGGAAUAUUCAUGUGCAAAUUGGUUCCCGCUUGUCAAGCAUUUUCGGUGCUCAUUUCAUCCUGGUCUUUGUGCUACAUUGCAAUUGACCGAUAUAGAAGUAUAGUGACGCCAUUGAGGGAACCAUGGUCCGAUAGGCAUGCGAGGUGGCUUCUGAUAUUCACUUGGGUCGUAGCAUUCCUGGCCAGUUAUCCACUUUACUACUCACAAAAUUUGAAAACUAUGGUUAUCGAAAAUGUUACUCUUUGUGGAGAUUUCUGUGGUGAAUUCAACUGGCAAUCCGACGAGCUAUCGAAACUAAUCUAUACAACAAGUUUACUCAUUAUUCAGCUGAUAAUUCCAGCCAUUAUCAUGUCAUUUUGCUAUUGGAAAAUCUUACAAAAGGUGCGUACGGACUGGCUGGUCGACGAAGGAUCCAUGCUUACUGCGGCGCAACAGGCUCAAACAGCAGUUCGAAAGCGACGAGUGAUGUACGUGUUGAUUCUGAUGGUCAUCGUAUUCAUGGCAUGCUGGUUCCCAUUAUCCGUAGUCAACUUGUUCCGUGAUCUCGGAAUGCGAUUCGGUAUUUUUCAAAGUGCCUAUAAGAUUCUGGUGAUGGAUCAAAUGUAUUUCAAACUGCUGAAUGUCCACGUAAUAGCAAUGACAUCAAUUGUAUGGAAUCCGGUGCUCUAUUUCUGGAUGAGCAAGCGACAUCGGCGAGCACUAAAAGACGACAUGACGUGGCUAACCAACGCCCGUCGUCAUACCAAUGUAGGCGUUCUAUCUCGCUUCACACCUUCUCCAUCAGUCUCCGUAGUUUACCGACGAACUUUGGAGCGACAUCUCGGCGUCAAUCAUUUCCGUCGUGGCACACUUGCUGAUCCGACAUGCACAUCACGAGAAAGAAGUCUUCCGAGGGAACUUCAAUCAAACUGUUUCCUUCUUGUUCCUCUCAUGCCAUUAUGUCAGUCGGUGACCAGAAAAAACAGUCAUCUGGCAAUCAACAGAGAUGGAAUCGUAAUCCCUCAAGCCAACGGUUCAAGUCGUCGUCCAAGCAGUGUGAAUACCAAUCCGACCCGCGACUGGUGA